AAGCUUAGUUUGUUAGUACCGAAGGUUAGUCUCUAACCUCUAAGUGAGUGUAAGGGCACGUGGGUAAGAUAUAGUAAACUUUCGAACGGGAAAUCAUUAUUAUUAUUGCAAAAUAUGGAGCAAAUAACAAUAAAAGAGGAAAUUGACGAUAGUGUGAGAGAAACAGAGACUGGUGAUAAUACAGAACUUAAAUACGAAGAAAAAUUAAAAUACACAAGCCUUAUAGCUAAACCCAUGGCCCCAAAAAAAUUAACCAAAAAAAUUUAUAAGUGUAUUAAAAAAGCUGCAAAGCAUAAAUCUUAUCUUCGUAAUGGUUUGAAGGAUGUUCAGAAGCAUCUUCGCAAAGGAGAACAAGGAUUAGUAGUCUUUGCUGGAGACGUAUUUCCAAUAGAAAUCAUGUGUCACUUACCAAUUGUAUGCGAAGACAAAAAUAUCCCAUACUGCUACACACCUUCGAGACAAGACAUUGGUGCUGCUAUGGGUGUGAAAAGAGGCAGUCUUAUGGUACUUAUUAAGGAACAUGAAGAAUAUAAAGAACUUUAUGAUGAAAUAAAAACUGCGAUGGUAACAUUAUCAACGCCACUAUAGAUAUAUAUUUAACCAUUUGUAUUUUUAAUCACUUUGUAAAUAGAAGAGAUUCAUAUAUCCUUAAGAGAGAGAAGAGUAUUGUAUCAGAGACUGCAAUUUUUUAUACAAAUAUCUUUCAUUAUUAUGAUGUAACCUAUUUAUUAUAUAGAUGGCAAGUUUUUUAACACAAAUCACUGUAUGAUAAAAGAAUCAAAAAAGAGAUAGAAAUAAAACUUUUCUAAUUU